UGAAUCGUCUCGGGGACGUUAGAAAUGACAAUGAUCCUAACUGUACAUAUGAAGGUGACAAUAAUGUCCUACUGCAACAAACUAGCAACUACCUUCUCGGAUGGAUAAAAGCAAAACAUCAAGAUCAUGUAACUAUCAAGUCCCCAUUGCAAUCAGUUGAUUUUCUGGAAGAUUUGAAUUCUAUUCUUAACCAAGAAUUUACAGCAACUGAUGAUGAAUGUCUGGAUUGUUCAGUUGCUUUGGCUGCAUACAGAUGGUUAGUUUGCCACUUGUUGCGUGAGAGCUGCAUGAAGCUGGAUAAUGAGAAAAAUUCGGGCAAAUCAGACUUUGAAUGCAGAAACAACAGUCAGGUGUAUUAUAGCAGAUCUUCAGCAAUUGUCUUCAUUGAGUACAACGUGUUGCGAAGAUUUCAUGAUUUUAUUCAUAGUUCUGACACACCGAUCAACUUACAACCUGUGUUAGAGCGUCUCUGUUCCCUGUAUGGUCUGUGGACUCUUAAUAAACAUGCAGCAGUGUUGUACCAAGGGGGGUAUUUCACCGGUGACCAACCUGGAAGAAGAUUGCAAAAUGCCAUUCUAAAUCUCUGUGCACAGCUGAAGGAUGAUGCAGUGGCUCUAGUGGAUGUCCUUGCUCCUCCUGACUUUAUUUUGAAUUCACCAAUUGGGAAAGCUGAUGGAGAGAUUUAUAAAAACCUGUGGGCAGCAGUUCUUCAGGGCAAGAACGUACUUGAGAGACCAGCGUGGUGGGUUGAAUUUUGUGCCAACAAGCCUUCUAUUGGAAGCAUGAAGUCAAAGCUCUAAUUAACCAUCCAUUUAGAUACACAUUUAUAUAGCAAAUUGAUGUAAACUAAGGUAUAUGGAAGGAUGAAUCAGCUGUCAUUUCUAGUCCAUGUUGGUCAGGAUUGUUCAAUAUCAUUAGACUGUAAUUAAUGCUUACUCUUUCACCAAGGUUUACAUGAAUGAUUAAACUGAGUCCCAAGAAUAAAUUUAGCAAUGCAUGUUCCAAACAAGAAAAAAAAUGAAAAACUUGUGGUAAAAAUUAAAAGAAGUUUACCUCCUGAUAUAGACUGAAAGGAAAAUAAAAAUGAGCAUUUUCUAUAACCCAUUUCUCACUAGCCGUCCCCAGAAUGUUUUACAGCCAAUGGAGUACAUAUUCCCACUGUUACGAUAUGAAAAAUAUGUCAGACAAUUUCUGCAAAGCAAACUCCCACAAACAGCAAUUUAUUUAAACCCAUAUAAUUUUUUUGAGUGAGAUAUCAAAGAUAAAUGUUUUUGGGUAGAACACUGAUAUAACUCCCCUUCGCUUCAAAAUAGUGUCAUGCGAUUUUUUAUGUCCACUUGAAAGGGUAAAUAGUGCCUUCUAAGAGAUGGCACCUCCAAAGGUGCAACAGUCUCUCAACAGUUAUGAAACUUUAAGUGCUGUAAUUUAAAAAUCAAAAGUAUUAUCCUAUUUAAAUGUUUCUAAGCUUUCAUUUGGCUCACUUGGUAAAAGUCUGACCUAAGUUAGAUUGCAGAUUCAAACCCCACCUCAGAAUUUCCACAUAUUGCUUAGGCUGAUAUUUCAAUAUUUUCCUAAACAGUAGCUAUGUUAUUAGAGAUGUCAUCAUUCAGUUGAGAUGUGAAAUCCACGACCUAUGCACAUGUUAAUUCAGGUUUAAAGAAUCCUAUGGCAAUACAUGAAGAAGAUUGAGAUAACAGAUAGUUGCCUGCAUAACAAUAACUAAACACCAAAACUAAACAAUUUCUUAACUAUGAAGCAUUGUAGGACGUUGUGUGAAAUUUUAAGUUACUUCUGCUCUUUUAAAUUAUCGUAACCAAUACUAUCAUGAAAAACUAAAAGAAUGAACUUUACCAGCAUUCAUCUUAUUGUGAAGAAUUUGGAUUUUUUUCCAGUUGAUUCUUUUAUUAAUAUAAUAGGCUUUGCUCUGGAAUAGUAGAUAUGAAAAGUAAUGUGAUUGCCAACCUCAAAACCAUUUCAUUUUAUGUCAGAUACAUAUCAUUUAAAUACAACCUGAUUGUGAAUACAUUGUCCAGUAUACUAACAAAACAUCAAGGAGUAAUUAAUAAAAUGCAAGAGUAAUAUUAUGCUCUGUUAUAAUUGCCUCAUUUGUUCCAGUUAAGUACAAUGUUUGUUUAUUUUACAUUUUCAUUCGACUAUCUGUACAUUUUGUGUGAAAGUUAAAAAUAAUGGUGAAAUGUUGACUACUAAUAAUGUUCCUGUGAUAUAAAUUUUUUCAUAAUCAGCUUUGCCAAUUCUGAUUGUACAAUUAAAUUAUUUUACAAAUAUA